GUCAGAGUGCAUGAGGAGGGAGGUAGGUGCAUAAAAAAAGUGCUGCAGAGCAGUACAAUAACAGCAGAUAUGGGAUCAGGAAGGAGGAUGUGCGACACUCAGCUUUGGCUUUCAGCCCUGCUGACCUUUUUCUCUGUGAUUUCUCUGACUGAUGGGUCACCAAUGAAAGUGAUGUCGGCCCCCAACUUGUUGCGGGUGGGAACGCCAGAAAACGUCUUUGUGGAGUGUCAAGACUGCACCACUGAGAAUGAUUUCACGGUUGUUAUCAACGUAAUGAAUUAUCCAACCAAAUCCAAACGGCUGAUGACCACAUCUGUGAACCUCACCAGUACAAACAAAUAUCAGGGCUUUGGACAAAUUAGGAUCCCCACUGGAGAUUUCAAAAGGGACCCAAACAUGAGGCAGUAUGUUUACCUGCAAGCUCAAUUCCCUGAUAUAAAACUGGAGAAAGUUGUCCUAGUGUCCUUCCAUUCUGGCUACAUCUUCAUCCAGACGGAUAAGACCCUCUACACACCCAGCAGCAAAGUUCGUUUCAGAGUAUUCGGACUGACACCUCGCUUGGAUCCCGUGGAAAAGAAUGAUGAGGCCCGACCUGAUCCUUCUAUUAACAUCGAAUUUGUGACCCCUGAAGGCAUCAUUUUAUCGCGCGAUCCAGUUUAUCUGAAGUCAGGGGUUUUCUCAGGAGAAUUUCAACUUGGUGAAAUUGUCAGCAUUCGUAGCACUGGACUGUGGAAAUUGGUGGCGAGGUACAACACCAAACCACAGAAAAACUUCUCUGCAGAGUUUGAGGUCAAAGACUACGUGUUGCCCAGUUUUGAGGUCAAACUGAUGCAACAAAGUCCUUUCUUCUACGUGUCCAGUCCAGAGCUGACCGUCAACAUCAAAGCAACGUAUCUGUUUGGUGAGGAGGUGGACGGAUCGGCCUACGGUGUAUUUGGGGUCAUGUAUCAGGGUCAAAAGACGAGUUUUCCCAGUUCGCUUCAGAGAGUGCUGAUUGAGAACGGAGAAGGAGAGGUGACACUGAAGCAAGAGCACAUCACACAGAUCUUCGAAAACGUCCUGGACCUGGUGGGCAGCUCCAUCUAUGUAGCUGUUAGUGUGCUGACAGCCAGCGGUAGUGAAAUGGCAGAGGCAGAGCUGCGAAAUAUCCAAAUUGUCACAUCCCCUUACACCAUCCACUUGAAGAAAACACCUAAAUAUUUCAAACCAGGACUGUCCUUUGAUGUUGUGAUUGGAGUUACGAAUCCUGAUGGCGCUCCGGCAAGAGGUGUUGCAGUGGUGGUUGAACCUGGGGAGGUGGAGGGUGUCACUGGAGCCAACGGCAUGGCGAGGCUUACCGUCAAUACAGUAGAAAACAGUCAAACACUGGAUAUCACAGUAAAGACCAAAGACCCUCGUAUUUCACCUGAAAGGCAAGCAUCAGCCAACAUGACGGCUCUCUCAUACAGCUCCAGCAGCAACAAUUACAUCCACAUCGGCAUUGAUGCAACUGAAGUCAGUCCAGGAGAAAACCUGAAACUGAACCUCAACUUCAACAAACAGGGAAGUCAACAAACGGACAUCACGUACCUGAUCCUGAGCAGAGGUCAGCUGGUGAAUUAUGGCCGUUACAAGGCAAAAGGUCAACUUCUGAUCUCCAUAAUGGUCACCAUUACCAAAGAAAUGCUGCCAUCGUUUCGCAUCAUUGCCUACUACCAUCCAAGUGACAGUGAAGUGGUAUCGGACUCUGUUUGGGUGGACGUAAAAGAAUCCUGCAUGGGUUUGCUGAAACUGGAAUCAGCAAAACCUGCUGCAACCUACAUGCCUCGCAAAAUGUUUCAACUAAAAGUCACAGGAGAUCCUGAAGCCACCGUGGGACUGGUGGCAGUUGACAAAGGCGUCUACAUUUUAAACAACAAGCAUCGCCUCACUCAAAAAAAGAUCUGGGACAUGGUAGACAAGUCUGACACCGGCUGCACACCAGGUGGUGGGAAGGACAGCAUGAGCGUUUUCAGUGAUGCCGGGCUGCUGUUUAAGACUAAUUUGGGUUCUGAGACUCCCUACAGAUUAGAUUUGAAUUGUCCAGCCCCCAGCAGGAAGAAGCGAGAUGCAGCUUUGAUGAACGUCACAACCAGCUUACUGAGUCAAUAUGAUGACGAACUGCAACGUGACUGCUGUUUGGAUGGUAUGAGGGAAACCCCUGUUUCAUACUCCUGUGAGAGGCGCAGUGAGUAUAUCUUGGAUGGUGCAGCCUGCGCCAUGGCCUUUCUGAACUGCUGCAGGGAGAUGGAACGCAUCCGAGGUGAGAAGAGGGAGGGAAGUCUCCAACUGGCUCGCAGUGAGGAGGAUGACACCAGUUACAUGGACAGUACAGAUAUUGUUUCUCGCACAAACUUCCCUGAAAGUUGGCUGUGGUCAGAAAUCAAACUGCCUGCUUGCGUUCGACCCAACUGUGCGUCCACAACAUUUGAGAAAAUUGUUCCUUUGCAAGACUCCAUCACAACCUGGCAGUUCACUGGCAUCAGUUUAUCAAGAAAUCACGGUAUCUGUGUGGCUGAACCACUGGAGAUAAUUGUCCGAAAGGACUUCUUUGUUGAGCUCAAACUGCCCUUCGCUGCUGUCCGUGGAGAGCAACUGGAAAUUAAGGCGGUCAUCCACAACUACAGCCCCAAUCGUCUCACUGUGCGUGUGGAGCUAAAGGGGGAAGCGGGUGUGUGCAGUGCAGCCUCUAGACAUGGAAAAUACCAGGAGGAAGUGGAAGUUGAGGCUGGAAGCGCACGAGCUGUACCUUUUGUCAUUAUUCCCAUGAAGGAGGGAGAAUACAAAAUUGAUGUCAAAGCAGCUGUUCAAAACUCAGAAAUCAGUGAUGGAAUCAUUAAGCCGCUGCGAGUGGUGCCUGAAGGUAUACUGAUAAAAGCUCCUCAGAUUAUAACUUUGGACCCUUCAACUAAAGGUCUAGAUGGUAAACAAGUGGAAAUCAUCAACAGUAAAAUUCCUCAGAGGGAUUUUGUACCAAACGCACCAACCAGCACACAGAUCUCUUUGACAGGGAAUAAAGAAAAUGUGGUGAAAAACGCUAUUACUGGAGAAUCAAUGGGUGCUCUGAUCGGUACACCCUCAGGCUGUGGAGAGGAAAACAUGAUCCACAUGACCUACACUGUCAUCGCAGCCACAUAUUUGGACAAAACCUACCAGUGGGAGCCUGUGGGCAUUGAUAGACGUGAAGAAGCCCUCCAACACAUCAACACUGGCUACCAGAACCAACUUGCCUACCGUAAACAGGACGGGUCCUUUAGUAGAGAUCACGACCAUCAAAGCAGCACUUGGCUCACAGCCUACGUCGUAAAGGUGCUAACGAUGGCCAGCAGUCUGGUGGCAGUGGAAAGAGAAGUCAUCUGCAACGCUGUCAGGUUUCUGAUUGUCAACGCACAGCAACCUAACGGCGUGUUCAGAGAAAUAGGAGACGUUUACCAUAAAGAGAUGACUGGAAACGUCUAUGGUGCGGAUUCAGACGCCUCCAUGACGGCCUUCUGCGUCAUUGCCAUGCAGGAGUCACGCACAACUUGUGCUGACACUGUUAACAGACUUUCAGACAGCAUUGACAAAGCAGCAACCUACCUGCGGAAGCGUCAGCACAGUUUAUUGAACCCUUAUGCUGUUGCCAUAACAUCAUACGCUCUGGCCAGUGAGAACAAACUGAACCGGGAGAUCCUCUACAAGUAUUCUUCUCCAGAUUUUUCCCACUGGCCUACACCUACUGGACGUCAGCACACUCUGGAGUCCACAGCAUAUGCUCUCCUGGCUCUGGUGAAGGUCAAGGCCUUUGAAGAUGCCAGACCGCUUAUCAGAUGGUUCAACCGUCAGAUGAGAGAGGGCGGAGGCUAUGGAUCGACUCAGGCCACCAUGACAGUUUACCAGGCUGUGACUGAGUAUUGGUUCAGUGACAAAGAAUCCGACUAUUUUCUGAAUGUGGACAUCUUGUUGCCAGGCAGAACAAGGCCUGACAAGUACAACUUUAACUGGGAAAACCACUACGCCACAAGAACAUCCAAAAUUAAUGAUAUAAACCAGGAUGUGAAGGUGACUGCAAUAGGAAAAGGAGAAGCAACUCUAACAAUGGUGUCGCUGUAUUACAUUCUGCCUAAAGAAAAGGACAGCGACUGUCAGAAGUUUAACUUGUCAGUGCAACUCAUUCCAGAGAAACUGGACAAGGAUGAGAACAUAUACAAGCUGAAAAUCGGGGUUUUGUAUAAGGACAAGGUGCGCGAUGCAACCAUGACAGUGUUGGAUAUCGGCUUGCUGACCGGCUUUUAUGUGAACAUGAAAGACUUGAACUUACUGUCUAAAGGACGAGCCCGCACUAUUGCAAAAUAUAGGAUGGACUCGGUCCAGUCAGAACGAGGCUCGCUCAUCAUCUACUUGGACAAGGUUUCUCACACGCAGCCGGAGGAGAUUAUUUUUAGGAUCCAUCAGAAGCUGAAAGUGGGCGUCUUACAACCAGCAGCCGUGUCUGUCUAUGAAUACACCAGCAGUCAAUACAGAAGUGAAGCACAUUGUAUGAAAUUCUACCAUCCAGAGAGGAGAGCUGGAGAACUGCUGCGUCUCUGUAGAAACGAUGAAUGCACAUGUGCUGAAGAGAACUGUAGUAUGCAGAAGAAGGGCAAAAUCGACAACGCUGAACGCACAGAAAAGAUUUGUGAAACUACAAAGGACAGCAGAAUCGAUUUUGCGUAUAAAGUGAGAGUGGAGACGUUUACAGACAGUUUGUCGACUGACAUUUACACAGUGCGGGUUCUAGAAGUCAUCAAAGAAGGAAGCAAUGAUGUGGGUCCUCAGGGUAAACUGCGCCCGUUCAUGAGUUAUCGACACUGCAGAGUGGCUUUAGAUCUCUGGAAAGGAAAAACCUACCUCAUCAUGGGACAGGCCCAAGACAUUUACAAAGAUGAACAGAGUCGAUCGUAUCAGUAUGUGCUCGGUGAGAGAACCUGGAUCGAGUACUGGCCUAGAGAAGCAGAGUGUAAAACCCCAAUGUACAAUUCUACCUGUUCAGGCAUGAAGGAGAUGGCGCAGAGGUACACUGUGCGUGGAUGUCUACUUUAGUACAACUGAAGUGAAUAAAAUAUUCUGUUUGGCUGCCAUUCUACAAAUUACGGUGUGAAAGUUCAGUGCAUACGUUUUGAUUAAAACUGACACAAGUUUAGUGAAUAAGAUUAUCAAGACCUAGAAAUACAUGUCAGCCAUGCAUUGUUAUCAAAAAAAGGGAAAAAUUAAACAAAGCAGAACAAAGGGAGUAACGGUGUCAAAUAAACUGAUCUGAACCUGAAA